GUUGCCCUCAGCACAGGCUCUUUCUCUUUAGGCUCAUAAAAAAGUAUCUUGAGAAAUGGAUUCAGUCCGUCAUCCCUGCAGGAUGUUUCUUUCUUUGCACAUUGUUUUCCUCAGCGCAGCCUUCGUGGACGGCAGCUUUUUAAAUGCAGACCAAAAAGAGUGCAUUGAUUCCAAUGGAGUGAGUUACAGAGGAGAUAAGGCGAGUUCCUCCUCAGGCCUGACUUGUCUAAAUUGGACCGACACGUACACAGAGUAUGAUCCUCACACAGGUGUGGGAGAUCACAAUUACUGCAGAAACCCGGACUCCUCAGAGCGGCCUUGGUGCUACAUUGCGGCCCCCUAUGGGAUCAUUCAGAAACAGUUCUGUUCCAUCGAGCCAUGCCAAGAGCUCACGUCCACCAACGCACCAGAGUCGGAGUCGGAUGGCCCAACAGGGGCCAAUCUCGACCCAAAUACUGAUCUCCCGUCAAAGACGCACUCAUCUUUGGGAGAAGCCGCCGGCGUGCAGCCAGUGAUGGGAAUCAGCCAGCGGGUGCACACCGGACCCAAAAAGAAAAAGGAUCUGGGGACGCUUGGCUACGCCCUCGGCAUCAUCAUGAUGGUGGUUAUCAUCGUUCUUGGGGCGGGCAUCACUUUUGGCUACUUCUACAAAAGGGGCCGAGACCUGAAGAAGCAGCACGAGCAGCGAGUGUACGAGCGCGAGAUGCAGAGGAUCACCCUCCCCCUGUCAGCCUUCUCCAACCCCACGUGCGAGCUGGUCGACGAGAACACCAUUGUGGUGACGGCCGAGCACGAGAUUACCCCGGUCCAGGGGGAGCUGGAGGGCGAGGAUCUCCUCAUGGGCCAGCAAGCGGGGACUCCCGGUGCAUGAAUCAAGAUUUAUGAAUAAUCUAGUGGACCAAAAUGACCCUCAUGACCGUUUGGUGUCCAGAAGCAGUUUGAUCUGAAGACUGGUGCCAUGUCCCGUUUCCUUUUAUUUUUGCCUACGUGAGACAAAUAAGGACAUAAGGAGAGGGAGCCGUUUGAAGUGUAUUUUGAUAUAUUUGAAAGCCAAAAAAAAAGAUUGUUGCCUGCCCUCUUAAUUAGGAGUACCAGAGACUUUGUCAGUGUUAUAGCUGUGUGAGAUGAGGCCGUUGACGGGAAGCAUGGGCAUCAUUUGUAACCUUUUGUACAUACUAUGCAGAGAAAGUGCACUCUCUGCUGAUGAAUAGCAAUGUGCUUUGACACGCUGGCUGUGCCGAGGGACAACCCUACAUAUAAUGUAUAUCGAUUUGUACAGACAUUGGGCAUGCAUGUAAAAAUAAGCAUCCCCCUCAAAAGGUAGGAUGAGUGGAGCAAAAAAAAAAAAAAGCCCACAGAAAAAAGGCUUUUCCACCCAGAAAUGCCUUAGCACUCUACCUGGCGAAUGCACUUUGAGAGAGAAAGAUGUGCUUUAGUUCCACAGGUUAAGGAGUGGCAGGAAAUAUGUUUCUCUCAGGAAGCAUGUGUGGCAUUUGAGUUGGUCCUCUGGAUGGCAUAACACUACCCGCAGCGCACGCGCGGGCACCGGCGGAACACAAAGUCCCACCCUUGUAGGCUCACGGCUGCUGCAGGGGCCUGCUGACAUUGUACUCACAUGCUGUUUGUGACAUCAACACCGUCUACUCAACGUGCACUCCCAGAUGCGUGUUUGCAUCAUAAAUACAAUUCAUCAACACGCCCUGUCUGCAGCAUCACUGGAGUCUUUGAUUACUGCUGUUCAAUUGUUUUGUGUCCUGACUUAUUGUCUUCACCAAACGGACAUACAAAAUGCAGUUGCAUUGACAUUACGUGCUUGUAUUUGUAAGAGUGUGUGCUUUUCAGUGAGACUGAAAUAAAAAAACAAAGGUGCAAA